GAGAGGAAAUGGAAGGACGAGGAGAGGGUCCGUAAUUUCUCUUAAACUGACACUGAACACAACCACUCAUUCCCUCUCACCUUUUCCCUUCUUCUCGCCGGCGAUCUUCUUCCCCAUCAACCUCCGGCCUCCACGCCCGCAAAGCUUCAAGAUUCCCUCACCCGUUUCUCCAUCAUGCACUUUCUGUUCUAGGGUUCCUUUCCUUUCCUUUCCUUUCCUUUCCCCUCUUCUCUGUUUCCUGGUGAGUGACUUCACUGAUUCUCCUCUCAUUGUUUUGUUUGUUUCUCUCCACAAUGCCUUGCUUUCUGCCAACGUUAAAUGGUCCCCAUGUUCGUAACGCUCUUUUAGAAGUGAUUAAUGGACUGCCAAUCUAGUCACACAUUUGAUUCAGAUGAAAGUGAUAUUGAUAUUCAGACUGAAAUUUAUGAGAAGGGUGGGAGUAUAGACGAUAUUCGUAAUGACUUGGAUUUUUGCUUGCGUGACGAUGAUAAGGUAGCAGAACAAUCUGUUGUUGAUUUGCCUAUGGAUGGAGUAGAACCAUACAUAGGUAUGGAGUUCAGUUCUAGAGAUGAAGCUAGAGAAUUCUAUGUUAAUUAUGGUAGGCGUGUUGGAUUCACCGUUCGAAUACAUCAUAAUCGUCGUUCCCGUGUAAACAAUCAGGUGAUUGGUCAGGAUUUUGUCUGCUCAAAAGAAGGAUUUCGUGCUAAGAAGUAUGUAUGCAGAAAAGACAGGAUACUUCCAGCACCACCAAUUACUCGAGAGGGAUGUCAAGCAAUGAUGAGAUUGGCUUUAAGGGAUGGAGGGAAGUGGGCUGUCACUAAAUUUGUUAAAGAUCAUAAUCAUCUGUUACUGAGUCCUAGUAAAGUCCCAUGGAAAGGAUCUGGAAAAAACUUGAGCGAGGAUGAAAAGGAUAAGCGGAUUCGAGAGUUAUCUCUGGAGUUGUACAAUGAGAGGCAGAAAUAUAAGAGAAAAUGUGCUGCAUAUGAAGAACAAUUGAAAACAAUUUGGAAGGAGUUGGAAAUGCACACAGAAUGUAUAUCAAACAAAGUUGCAGAAGUAGUAAAAAGCAUUAGAGAAGUUGAGGAGGAAGAAGAAUCAAAAGGUUCGAAUGAAAGGUGGAUUUAAAUUAUCAUAACUGCACUAACUUAUCAUAUAUUAUUAUAUCUUAGGUAUGGGUUUUUGGUAUCCAAAAUUUAACUCUCAUUUGUAGAUGGAUAAUGACUUCUUUGAGAAGCAUUUUAGUGUAUAAAGUAUUUAUCCAUAUGGCAUGCUGCUUGAAAUCUGGAAACUUGUGUGACCUGGCAAUGACGUGGAUUUUGUCAUACUAGAUAAUAGAUAUAAACGUAUCUAUUAAAAGGA